AUGGUGUUCCCACUUCUUAUUUUGCUUUUUAUCUAUUUGAGCGCAUCACAAAACCACUGCGUCAAACUACUUUCGCCAAACCACUGUGUUGAAUGCGAAUCAAAUUAUUACCUCCAAUUGACAGACAACGAAGAAACGGGAAUUCCAACAAUGGCUUGUGUUGCAUCUUCGACGGUCAAAAAUUGUGCCAGUUUCGAGAACAACGCAUGCAUAAAAUGUGAAACCGGUUUCUACUUAACUGGUAACGAAUGUGUUGGUUGUGGUAUUGCAAAUUGUAAUUAUUGUAACAGUACCCACUGCUACCAAUGCGCCAAAGUUGCUGAAACACAAUAUUACCUUUCAAUCGAUGAGAAGACGUGCAUUGACUGUACACUAUCUGAAAAUGAUGUUGCGUGUGGAAGAUGCAAUGACGGACAGUACUUUAACACACAGUCUAAAAGCUGUAAGUCUUGCUUUACUAAUUGCCAGUUAUGUACUGAGGAAUUUAAUUGCUAUCAGUGCGCCAAUGGGACACUACUUAAUAAACAAAUCACUCCAUCAAAAGAAACACCAGACAAAUGUGAGGAACUUUCACAUUGCACACUUGAAGGUACCAAGGGGGACCACUGUGAAUUGUGUAAGACUGGGUAUAGGCUCCAAGGUGGUAACUGUGAGAAGUGUAAUGACAACUGUGAUGUGUGUUAUAAAAAGGAUGACGGAAAAAGUUAUUGCAGUGUUUGCUCCGAUACGUACGUCUGGGUUAAAGGUGAGUGUAAAUCUGCAACAGAAAUUCAUUGUAAAAAGGGAAGCACGACUUAUGGGUGCUUAGAAUGCGACGAUGAGUAUUUCUUGGACUCUUCGUUUGUGUGUUCACAGUGUGAUAAAACGUGUAACACCUGCAUUGAAAUUCCAACACAUUGUUUGACGUGUCAAAAAGAUUAUUAUUUUGAGUCGGGAACUAAGAAUUGUAAACUUAAAGAUCCACACUGUAAUUUGGUUGAUCAAGCCGGAUGCAAAGAGUGUAUUAACGAUUUGACGACAGACGAAGGGAAGAACACAACGGGAUAUUUUGUACCUCCCGAGUCACAAGUUUGUGUUGAUUGUACAAAUCACUGUAAACUGUGUGAAGGGAAGGAUUACCACUGUACUGCGUGUACUUCUGAUUACGUCUUAAAUAAAACGACAGAGAAGGCUGAAGAUGGUGUAACUGAUGUUGAGUACUAUGAAUGCACCCCAAUGGGCGAGACUUGUGUGAAAACUGAAAUGGGGUAUUGCACAGAGUGUAAGAAUGGGUUCUUCAUUCAAGGGGUUGACAGCCAAGAUUGCAUAAAAUGUGACAAAUCGUGUGGAACAUGUAAAGUGAGCACAUCCUGUUUAACGUGCCAUACCGAUUAUUAUAUGUCAAAAGAAGAACAGUCAAAAGAAAAUGUAGAACAUUUGUGUAAACUCCAAACUGAAAUCAACAUGACUUGUAAAUCAGGUAUGAAUGGGUGUGAAACGUGUAAAGAUGGGUAUUAUAUUAACCGAGAUGAUCCUUCACAAUACAAUUGCACUGUUUGUCCUGAAGAGUGUUCGACUUGUACGUUCAAGCAGACUGACAGUAACGAUCUCACAGUUGGGUACCCUGUAUGUACCGGGUGUCGAACUGAACAAGAAUAUGUGAAUGACGGGAAAUGCAAGGCGUGCAGCGAAUUAAAGAAUUGUGCUGCGUGCAGUGGUGAGAAAUGUGUUACAUGUGUUGAGGGGUAUAAUAUUGAUGCUGGAGGAAUUUCAUGCUCGAAGACAAACUGGGCGUUGAUCAUCCCACUUGUUGUUGUUGGUGUUAUUAUCAUUGUGCUGAUAUUCAUUGCAAUCAUCGCAAUAAUUUGGUGGCGACGCGCAAAGAGUGUCAAAGCCGAGACAGCAGCAAUCAAGCCGUUCCACGUCGGCAGUGACUUGGAACUUCUUCUUCUUGGUGCAGACAAUGAAAAGUUCCCGUUGAAGACUGACAAAUGGGAAUUGACAUUUGGGUUGCAGAAAGCAAAGGCUGUUGUUGACACGGAAUACACGGAAACGAUCAACCUUGCUAACAUGUCGAAGAGUCAAUACUACUUUGAGUUCCACUACACACCAAGUCAUAAGUAUGACCUUGAAAUAGAACCAAAGAGCGCAACACUGAAGCCAUCGACAGCUAUUCCAGUCACGUUCAAGAUUAAGAUGUUGUGCACGACAUCAGUGAGUGACAACAUCGGCAUUUCUGCAAUGGACAUUGAUGACCAAAACAAGGAGACGGCAAAGUUCACAAUAGUCGUUGAAUCAGACUUGUCACUCAAACUCGACCACACUGAGUUGAAGCCAAUUAUGCCACCAAUUGGAGAAGGCGCAUUCGGGAUGGUCUUUAGAGGGACGUACCGAGGGCGUGAUGUUGCUAUCAAGAAGAUGAAAGCAAGAAACUUGACACAAGAACAAGAAAAAGAAUUCAACCACGAGGUGUCAAUGAUGACACAACUGCGACAGAACUGCGUUGUUGAAUUGAUAGGAGCAGUUUACACGGAGGGAGAGAUUGCAAUUGUGACUGAAUUUGCAGAGUACGGGUCACUGAGCAAGAUCUGGGGAAAGAACCCAAUGAACUACCAACUGAAAGUGAAAGUGCUUGAUGACAUGGUUGUUGCACUGAACUAUCUGCACCAAAACAGUAUCUUGCACAGAGAUGUCAAAGGCGAGAAUCUCCUUGUCUUCUCACUCAACCCACAUUCCCCAGUCUGCGCAAAACUGACAGACUUUGGGACGUGCAGAAACAUCUCCGAACGAAACUUGCAAUCAAAAGCACUGUCGCAAGGCAUUGGAACACCAACAUACAUGGCACCAGAGUGUCUCCAGAACUCAUCCGAAUACAGCUAUCCAGUCGACGUGUACGCAUUUGGCAUUGUCUUGUACGAAACUUACAUCGAAAAGAACGCAUACGAAAACGAUGAGCGAUUCAACCAGCCGUGGAUGAUCCCACAAUUUGUCAUCGAAGGAAACAGACUCGACAAACCAACGGGCAUCCCAGAAAACUACUGGGACCUCACUACUAAGUGCUGGAAACAAAACCCAGAAGAACGUCCAACAUUUGCAGACAUCCUCGCAACCAUCGAGUCGUGGGGCGAGGACAUCAGAUACGCUCUGUCUGUCGAGGGGGAAAAUAAACAAUAA